AUAGGUGUUAAAGUUUAAACGAUUGAAUUAGCAAAUCGAUUUCUAACGGAACAAAUUUGGACUUCUGUCUUUUCCAGAUAUGAAAAAAUACCCGUUGGGCCCGAAUCCCACUCCACACUUCUGCUGUCGAGUAUCUACGAUUCCCACGCUUCUGCUAUUGGAAAUGCUCMAGAGAUCACACCUGUGAUGUUGGAUUACAAGAUCCACGCAGAUAACAAUUUGUUAUACAACACACCACCAUGUUAUGGGAUUUACAUGUGUGGAUUGGUGUUUGAGGAUUUGUUGGCACAGGGUGGUUUGGUGGAGGUUGAGAAGAAGAAUGUGAAGAAGGYUCAGAUUCUGUAUGAUGCAAUUGAUGAGAGUAAARGGUUUUAUCGAUGCCCGGUUGAGAAAUCGGUGAGAUCGUUGAUGAAUGUGCCUUUUACGCUUGAGAAAUCGGAAUUGGAAGCUGAGUUUGUGAAAGAAGCUGCUAAAGAGAAGAUGGUUCAACUGAAGGGGCAUCGAUCAGUUGGUGGAAUGCGAGCUUCGAUAUACAAUGCUAUGCCUUUGGCUGGUGUUGAGAAGCUGGUUGCUUUCAAGAAGGAUUUCCAAGCAAAACAUGGUUAGAAUUUUGGGGGUUUAGGGUUUUGUUUUUGUAGCAUUUUGUUGUUGCUUGCUCUGUUUUUGAUCAUGCUGUUAUGUUAUGUUAUUAUUAUGUCUUGUUUCUGGAUCUCUUAUUACCCAUAGUCCUUUGGAAGAAAAGGGAUGGAUGAAUUGGAUUUCAACAUGAAUGCUUAGGUAGUUCUGUGAUUUUAUUCUGGGUAAUGAAUAUUUCAAAUGAAAUGGUGGCAUCUGGGUUGCUUAUUGAUU